AUGGCCAUGCCCGACGACGUGUGGGAGGAGGUUUCCCAGGAAAUCCCCUCCACUGACGAACCCUUCCUGCAAAAGUACAUGGCCGGCCGCGCCAACCUCAUCGUGCAGGAAAAGACGCAGCGCGCCGACGCCGCCUUCCGCCAGUCCCUGUCGCCCAUUGCGAAGCGUGCGUGCCGCGUCGUCGAGCGCAUCCGCGCCGAGGAGCUGCGGACGACGUGGACGGCCGACGUGGAAGAGAAGCUGGCCAGCGAGAUGCAUGCCACCGUCUUCCCCGGCAUGAUGUUCUCCAUGGCCAAGGACCGCAUGGAGAGCACCAAGCUGUGGCGCAUCGUCCGCCGCAUGCCCAAGGGCGCCCUGCUGCACGCCCACCUCGAGGCCAUGGUCGACUUUGAGUACCUCGUCCGCGAACUGCUCGCGCUGCCCGGCGUCCACAUGGCCAGCGACCGCCCGCUCGCGAGCCCCGAGGCCCUAGAAAAGGGCAUGAUGACGUUUCGCUACCGCGCCCGGGAGCGCGUCGACGGCUCCGUCUGGACUGCUGACUACAAGAAGAACAAGUUUGUGCUCCUGACCAAAAUGGCCGACGAGUUCCCCGACGGCGGCCGUGACGGCUUCGUCAGGUGGCUCGCCGGCCGCUGCACGCUGCACCCGCAGGACGCGCACCACCAGCACCACGGCGUCGACGCCAUCUGGGCCAAGUUCCAAGACUGCUUCGUCGCCUCGGCUACGCUCCUGACGUACGAACCCAUGAUGCGUGUCUACCUGCGCGCCCUCGUGCGCCAGCUGCACGCCGACGGCGUGUGCUGGGCCGAGCUGCGCUUCGCCUGGCCACUCGGGUACUGCCGCGACCGCCGCGAGAAGCCCGAGCCCGACUACCUGCACCUGUUCCAGGUCAUCGAGGAGGAGGUGGCACGCUUCCGCGCCUCCGACGAGGGCCGCGGCUUCUGGGGCCUCGGCAUCAUCUGGACGUCGCUGCGCUCGCUCGGCACCCGGCCCGUCGUCGAGGACAUGGACCACUGCAUCACGACCAAGAUGGAGUUCCCCAACCUCGUCGUCGGCUACGACGUGGUCGGGUACGAGAACCCCGGCCGCACCCUGCGCGACCUGCUGCCCGAGCUGUUUUGGUUCCGCAAGCAGUGCGCACAGGAGGGCGUCUCGGUGCCCUUCUUCUUCCACGCCGGCGAGACGCUCGGCGACGGCGACGCCGCCGACGAGAACCUCUUUGACGCCGUCCUGCUCGGCACCCGCCGUAUCGGGCACGGCUACUCCCUCUACAAGCACCCCCUGCUCGUCGACAUGGUCAAGGAGCGCCGCAUCCUCGUCGAGGCCUGCCCCAUCUCCAACGAGGUCCUCCGCCUUUGCGGCUCCGUCUCGGCGCACCCGCUACCCGCGCUGCUCGCCCGCGGCGUCCCCUGCUGUCUCUGUAACGACGACCCGGCCAUGAUGGGCCACGGCACCGCCGGCAUGUCCCACGACUUUUGGCAGGCCCUCCAGGGCUGGCAGAACCUAGGCCUCGCCGGCCUCGGCAGCCUCGCCGAGAACAGCGUCCGCUGGUCCGCCUUUGAGGACGAGGACAAUGACGCCUGGCUCGGCCAUAUCAAGGCAGCCAGCCUCGCCGAGGGCGUCAAGGGUGAGCGCAUCCAGGAGUGGCAGAUUCAGUGGGAGCAGUUUUGCCUCUGGGUCGUGUCCGAGUAUGGCGACGAGUACGACGACACGCCAGAACCCGAGUCCAGCAACGUUGCCGGCAAAGAACCGGCUGAUCCUGCUCCUGUAGUGGAGCAGGUGUAG